UGCGGGGUGGCAGUGCGGGGCGGUGGGGUCUGCGGCUGCGAUGUCGCCUCCGUCGGGCGACGUGGGCCCGGGGCCGCCGCGGACGCUGUCCCUCGCCGCACGGCUGAGCUUCGCGGUCGGCCACUUCCUCAACGACCUGUGCGCCGGCAUGUGGUUCACCUACCUGCUACUGUUCCUGCACUCCGUGCGUGGGUACAGCUCGCGGGGCGCGGGGCUGCUGCUGCUGCUCGGCCAGGCGGCCGACGGGCUCUGCACGCCGCUCGUGGGCUACGAGGCCGACCGCGCCUCCUGCGCGCGCUGUGGGCCCCGCAAGGCCUGGCACCUAGCGGGCACUGUCUGUGUCCUGCUCUCCUUCCCAUUUAUCUUCAGCCCAUGCCUGGGCUGCGGGGAAGCCACGCCUGAAUGGGCUGCCUUGCUGUACUACGGGCCCUUCAUCGUCGUCUUCCAGUUUGGCUGGGCUGCCACACAGAUUGCCCACCUGAGCCUCAUCCCAGAGCUGGUGACCAGUGACCACGAGAAGGUGGAGCUCACGGCCCUCAGGUACGCGUUCACUGUAGUCGCUAACAUCACCGUGUACGGCGCAGCUUGGCUGCUACUGCACCUGCAGGGCUCUGUGCAUGGCAGGCAGGACAUCAGUGUGGGGGACCAUCUGGGAGUCCAGGACACGCCUGUGUUCCGGAACCUGGCACUGCUGGUGGUGGGUGUGGGAGCCAUCUUCUCUCUGCUCUUCCACUUGGGUACCAAGGAGGGUCACAGGCCCCAGCACUGGGGGAAUGAACCCAAUGAGCACACCCCGCUGGUGGCCCCUGUGGCCCAGCCACUGCUGCUGUGGAAACACUGGCUUCGGGAGCCAGCUUUCUAUCAGGUAGGCAUGCUGUACAUGACCACAAGGCUCAUUGUGAACCUGUCUCAGACCUACAUUGCCAUGUACCUGACCUAUUCUCUCAGCUUGCCCAAGAAGUUCAUCGCUACCAUCCCCCUGGUGAUGUACUUGAGUGGCUUCUUCUCUUCUUUCCUCAUGAAACCAGUCAACCGGCACAUAGGGAGGAAUAUGACCUACUUCACUGGGCUGCUGGUGAUCCUGGCCUUCGCAGCUUGGGUGGCCCUGGCAGAUAAUCUGGGUGUGGCCGUGUACGGGGCUGCAGUGCUGCUGGGUGCAGGUUGUGCCACCAUCCUUGUCACCUCCCUAGCCAUGACAGCUGACCUCAUUGGCCCACACACGCACAGUGGAGCCUUCGUGUAUGGUGCUAUGAGCUUUUCAGAUAAGGUGGCCAACGGGCUGGCAGUCAUGGCUGUGCAGAGCCUGCAUCCCUGUCCCUCUGAGCUGUGCUGCGGGGCCUGCGUCGGCUUCUACCACUGGGUGAUGACAGCAGUGACAGGCGGCGUGGGUGUGGCCGCAGCGCUGGCUCUCUGCAGCCUCCUCAUCUGGCCCAUCCGCAUUCGCAACCGGGACCUGCGAGACCGGCCCUGACCUCUGGCUCCCCAGGGCGACGUGAUGAAGGACCAGGCAGACACCCUGACCCCUGAUCCCCAACCUGCUCAGGGUCAGAGGGCACAGGGUGCGGGUGGGUGUACCGGCCAAGCUUGCUGAGCCCUAGGGGCCGGUUGGUGCCUCGCCCCAUUUUUGACAGGGAUGCACCCGCCCACCGGGAGGCUGUAGGGGACACAUGCCCGGGCUGCGUGUGGGAGAGAACGCCUGGCUCACGGACACACGGACACACGAGUCGGUAGCACGUCUUUAUCAGAGCGCCGGUGUGAAAGCCGGGGGCGGCUGGCCGGUGGCUGGGCAGGGCCGCUCCAGGCCCCGCUGUCUGAAGUCCUGCGCGGUGAAGCGCGGCCGCUGUGGCGGCGACAGGAGCGGCACAUAGUCAGACCGCCAGGGCAGCUUUGCCCCGAACUGGUUUCUGGUGACCACUGCGGACAGGACCGAUCAAACUCUGCAGUUGCGGGGCCGAAGGCGGGGGUGGGGGGGCUCCCAAAUCCUUAUGCUGGCCCACCAGGCCACGCCCAUCCUGCGCUCCUGUACCUCUGCCCACUGCUGGCCUGGCCCUCUAUUUUUCCAUUUUUUUGGGGGGGGGGACACUAGCUAGCCCAGGCUACCUCCGGGACUAAGAGAUGCCCCUGUCUCUACCUCCCGAGAGUGGAGUGACCCACGUGCAGUACUACCCCCGGCCCACCUCCUGUCCCCAUCCCCUCAGCUCACCGAAAUCCUUGCCACGGAUUUGCCUGUCCCUCCACUGCACGCACCCCCAGCGCACACCGGAGUUGAGAUACUGCGCGGGUAUCGCGGGGUCCCAGAAGGCCAUCUCCCGCAAGUGCUGUGUGUAGGCUGCCGGGAGGCACGAAAGGGAGGGUGUCAGCGUGAGACCCACGGGUGUGCACAGCUGAGAGCGGGACACUCACCGGGUGGCAGGCCACGCUGGCGGCUCUGGAAGCAGCCGUGCCAACGCGUGUGGGCCUCGCGGUACGGAGCGUCAAGCGCGCGGGGCAGCUUGUACCAGGCAUCGCACGGUUCCGAGUUGGUCAGGCCGGUGUACCACACCUGGCCGGCCGCAUCCCGUCCCAUGGGCGUGAACUUCCAGCGCACAGCUUGCUUGAUGGCCGGCGCCCAACGGGGCCCCUCCAGGGACAGGUAGUCAUUGCUGAGGGAGGGUGGGGACUGAGCCAGGAUGUCCUGCUGGUCCCAGCCACAGUUUCCUUGUCUCAAGGGAGUAUCUGACCCCUUUGCCAAGGUGCUACGAGGUGAAUUAUCACCUUCUACCCGUCUCCUCUGGGCACUUCCCCACCUGCAGUCUAUUUCAUGUAGCCGAGAAUGACCCUGUUUGAGGCAGUUGUCAGUGUUGACCUGGCAGCAAUCCUCCUGCCUCAGCCUUGAGCCACUUAUGGCUGUUGGAGGAAGGAAGAACCAAGGGUAUGCCUAGCCUGUAACUCCCCACAGAUGGUGCUCCUAAGCAAAGCAUGCACGGGAGGCCAUGCAGGCUGCACGAGUGGUGCUUGCAAGGGCCCCAGGGCUGAGGCGGCCCGUCAUCAGUACCACUGAAGGCCAAAGUGUGAGCAGGCCUAUGAAAUGGGACUUUUCUGCUGGGUGUGGGUGGCUACACUCAGCAUGCCAGGGCAGGAGGAUCCGAGUGUUUAUGAAUAGCUCGGGAUACAGUCUAAAAAGGAAGGGCAUUCUGGCACUUGGCUGCCACUGCAGCAUACGUAGACAGGAGAGUCGAUAGACCCCUCUGCUUGGGAGUGGGUGUGUGCAAAUGCCUAACUCUCAACCCCGUGCACACUUCCAUCCCAGCCACCUGGGCUGCAGGUUAGGAGUAGGGGGUCUGGGUGAAGAAAGGGACCAAGGGCAGGAACCCACCGGUAGAGAUGGUCUGGGAAGUAGAGUUCAAGGGUGCCUGAGGGAACAGAGGGGCGAGUAGCCUCCCUCCUCACGUUUUCCAUGUCUGGCCCCGCCUUCCCAGAGGCUCUAGUCACCAAGGCCCUGGGGCUAUUGUUGACAGGGACAAAGGUAUCCCAGCAACAGGGAAGUGGGCAGCCACAGUCCAUGACCUCAGCUUACUUCCUGGUGUGGGGCUGGGACCCAGAGCCUUCCCUCCUUCCUCUGCCCC